AUGAACAGGAACCAAAUGAAAAACAGACUGAAACCAGUUCACCUGACUGAAGAAAAAAGACUGAAGAGAGGAGAUAUGAAAGAAUUCUGCAGGGACGAUGAUAAAAUAGUCAUUGUCCAGUGGAAAGAUUCAAAAGCUAUGACCCUUGCCUCUACUUGUACAGGAUGUCAUCCUGUAAGCAAUGUUGAGAGAUGGAGUAAACCAGAAAAGAAGUACAUCUUAGUGCCAUGUCCUGCAGUCGUAAUGAAGUACAACCUGUAUAUGGAAGGAGUGGACCUCUGCGAUCAAAUGAUGAAGACCUACACGACUUUCUUGAAGACAGAAAAGUGGACUUUAAAAGUUUUGAUUCAUUUACUUGAUUUGGCUUGUUUCAAUUCCUGCUUACAAUAA